AUGGCCUCCCUGUUCUCUGGCCGGGUCCUGAUCCGCAACAACAGUGACCAGGACGAACUGGACACGGACGAGGAACUCAGUCAGCGGCUGGACAACCGGCUGGUGCUGCUGUUCUUCGGCGCGGGGGGCUGCCCACGCUGCCAGGCCUUUGCGCCGCUGCUCAGGGACUUCUUCGUACAGCUCACCGAUGAGUUCUACGUGGUGCGGGCCGCCCAGCUGGCGCUGGUGUACGUCUCCCAGGACCCCACGCAAGAGCAGCAGGACCAGUUCCUCAGGGACAUGCCCAAGAAGUGGCUCUUCCUACCCUUCCAGGAUGACCUGAGGAUGGACCUGGGGCGCCGGUUCUCCGUGGACCGUCUCCCAGCGGUCGUGGUGCUCCAGCCGGGCGGGGACGUGCUCACGCGGGACGCGGCCGACGAGAUUCGCCGCCUGGGCCCUGCCUGCUUCGCCAACUGGCAGGAGGCGGCGGGGCUGCUGGACCGCAACUUCCUGCCAGCCGAGGACUUCGACGACCCCGCGCCGCGCAGCCUCACCGACCCGCUCCGCCGCCGCAAGUACCGCGUGGACGCGGCGCCGAGGGGCGGGGCCGGGGGCGGGGCCGAAGGGGAGGAGGAGCCCGGGGCGCUGUUCUGA